AUGUCUGAGCCCAGCCCUGAGCAGCCUGCAGUCAAGGCCUUAGUUGUCUCUUUGACUCCUAUGACAACCAGAGUUAUGGCCACAGGGCCUCAGAGGAGCGAGGCUCAGACAGCUCCCUGCCUCACCACCACGGUGCUCCCUCUGCCCUGGCUGUCUCUGCUGUUGACAGGCCUUCUGCCCUCCUGGCCCCUGGACCCCCAGGCCUCCCCGGGGUGCUGCUCCCAGAGCCCCAAGGCAAACACACAGCAGACCAGCUCCUCGGACAGUGGAAAGAUGAGGUCACCCCCCAGGUAAGGUUCCAGACCCCAUAGCACAGCUGAGCUGGCUCAAGCUGAGGAGUUGCUGGAGCGGCAGCUGGAGCUGUACCAGGCCCUGCUGGAAGGGCAAGAGGGGGCCUGGAAGGCACAGGCCCUGGUGCUCAAGAUCCAGAAGCUGAAGGAACAAAUGAGACACCAAGAAAGCCUGUGGGGGAGAUGCCUAAGCUUCCUACCAGUCCCCAACUCACUCUGCAAUACAGGAAAUACACACCACACCCUCUACAAGCCCUUCAAUUAG